GGUGGCGGGGCCGUGUGUGGCGGGAGCAGGUGCUGCCGCUGCUAACUGCACCUCGGCCCGCGGCGCGGACACGGCGGCGGCGAGCUCCGGCCUCCCGGAGCCCAUCCAGAUGCGCGGCAGGGGCGGCGCUAGCGUGCCGCGCUCGUGAGGGAGGCUGCAGGCGGGGGGCGCGGGCCGCCCACCCGCAGCCCGGGGCUGGCGCUGGGUCUCGGGGGCUGCCUGGCGUGAGAGCGCCCCCGGCUGUCCUAUGUGAGGCCGGGCUUGGCUCCCGGAUGGCGAUAGAGCGGCGCCGCGAGGCGGGGGGCGAGCGGGCGCCGGCCGAGGAGAACGGGUCGCUGCCGGACGGGGACGGGGACGCGGGUCCGGCCGCGGCGGAGAUCCAGACGCUGCCGCCGCCGCCGCCGCCAGCCGCCGGCUCCUGCAGCGCCCUGCUGCUGGACUACGACGGCUCCGUGCUGCCCUUCCUGGGCGGGCUGGGCGGCGGCUACCAGAGGACCCUGGUGCUGCUCACAUGGAUCCCGGCCCUGCUCAUCGGCUUCAGCCAGUUCUCGGACUCCUUCCUGCUGGACCAGCCCGCCUUCUGGUGCCGCGCCGCGGACGGGCAGGGCAACUGGACCCGCGCGCCGGGGCCGCCGGGCAAUGGCAGCGGCAACAGCAGCGGCGGCCCCGGCGCGCUGCCCCCAGCCCUGUUGCCCACCACCCCGCCGCCCAACACCAGCGAGUGCCAGUGCCAGGAGUGGCACUACCGCAUCCGCGCCGGCCUCGUCCAGAACGUCGUGAGCAAGUGGGACCUUGUUUGUGAAUCUUCCUGGAAAGUCCACAUUGCAAAAUUCUCCCUACUGGUAGGAUUAAUCUUUGGCUACUUAAUAACAGGAUGUAUAGCUGACUGGGUUGGUCGACGGCCAGUUCUCCUCUUCUCUGUCAUAUUCAUUCUGAUAUUUGGACUGACUGUGGCACUCUCAGUGAAUGUGACAAUGUUCAGCACACUCAGGUUUUUUGAGGGGUUUUGCCUGGCUGGAAUAAUCCUCUCCUUGUACGCACUGCGGAUAGAGCUCUGUCCUCCUGGGCACCGGUUCAUGAUCACCAUGGUGGCAAGCUUCAUUGUAAUGGCUGGGCAGUUCCUCAUGCCAGGUCUGGCUGCCCUCUGCAGGGACUGGCAGGUUCUCCAAGCUGUCAUCAUCUGCCCUUUCUUGCUGAUGCUGCUUUACUGGUAUAUUUUCCCAGAAUCCCUUCGGUGGCUGAUGGCCACACAACAGUUUGAGGCAUCCAAGAAACUUAUCCUUCACUUCACUCACAAGAACAAAAUGAACACUGAAAGUGAUAUCAAAGGAGUGAUGCCUGGACCCAUGCCUAAUUCAGUGCAUAGGAUGGACGAUGCUGUGGGAAGAAAGCUGUUGUCUGUAGGAUCCCUACCUCAUUUGUUGCAGAAGUUGGAAGAGCUGGAAAAGGAGCUUACCAGGAGGCCCAAGAAGGUCUGCAUUGUUAAAGUGGUGGGAACCAGGAACCUGUGGAAAAACAUUGUGGUAUUGUGUGUGAACUCUCUGACCGGGUUUGGGAUACACCACUGUUUUGCAAAAAGCAUGAUGAGCCCUGAGGUGAAGAUGCCGAUCACCCAUAAUUUCUAUGCAGACUACUAUACCAUGGCUGGGAUUGCUUUGGCAUCCUGUCUAGCCAUGUGCCCAGUUGUUGGGUUUCUAGGGCGAAGAGGAGGACUGCUGCUGUUCAUGAUUCUAACAGCUCUGGCAUCACUUCUACAGCUUGGCCUUCUCAACUUGAUUGGAAAAUAUAGUCAACUUCCAGACUCAGGUAUGAGUGACAGUGUCAAAGACAAAUUCUCUACUGCAUUUUCCAUUGUGGGUAUGUUUUCAUCACAUGCAGUUGGAAGUCUCAGUGUAUUCUUCUGUGCUGAAAUCACACCAACAGUAAUAAGGGGAGGUGGACUUGGCCUCAUCCUGGCCAGCGCAGGCUUUGGUAUGCUGACUGCACCAAUCAUGGAGCUCCAUAACCAGAAAGGCUACUUCCUGCACCAUGUGAUCUUUGCCUGCUGUACGCUCAUUUGCAUCAUCUGCAUUCUCCUCUUGCCUGAGAGCAAGAACCAGAACCUGCCAGAGAACAUCCCGGACGGGGAACAUUACACCAGGCAACCUCUUCUGCCACACAAGAAGGGGGAGCAGCCCUUGCUCCUGACGAACUCUGAACUCAAGGAUUACUCUGGUCUCCAUGACUCGGCUGCCGUGAGUGAUGGGAUGUCCGAGAAUGCCACCGCCAAUGGGAUGAAGUCUAUGUAACUGGGUGGAGGGUCAGGGUUCUUUUCUUUUCUUUUUUUCUCUUUCUUUCCUUUUUUUUUGUUUGCUCGUUGGGCAGGAGAAGGAGCUCUCUGAGGUGGGGCUGCUUUUGCCCUGGUUUACAGAUAAGUGACGGAUGGAACAUGAGGAAAUUCAACUCUAGCACUAACGCCACUUAUUAUAGGAAUCUUCAUCUGAUGUUGCGAUUGCUUCUGAAAAGGAUAUGGGAGGAAAAAAACCUCAUCUGAGAUGCGAACUGGCUGGAGAUAGCCCUUCAAAACUUCUUUUUUUUCCCUGCCAUUGCGUAUAUUUAUUUUGAUUAUUUUUAAGAAGCACUUUAUUUCCUUUUCCUCUCAUUGAUCACAGAAAUGAAGCCAUCUUAUUUUAAGAGGUGUAGCCAUUCAAAGAAAGCAACUGUGGGUUUUCUUCGAUUUUUUUUUUUUUUAUUUUUUUUUUGUGCUUUGUUAAAAGGAAGCAGUAUCUCUGCUGCAAAGUUGAAUUCACCACAGCUUAGGUUCUUUCCACAUUAUUUCUGCCUUUCUGGAAGGUCAGAACCUGCACACCUUGCCUGCUGCGUGGUUUGGACAAAGAGAACAAAAUAAUCUGCUGUGAUGCAGAGUCUGACUACAUAUAUGCAGCAUAAAUUUGGUUUUGAUAGUGAGCCCCUAUGUACUUAAAAGUUACUUUCCAAAUUAAAGUGGUGGAGUUCAUUUUUUUUAUUGACGUAGAAGCAGUCAGGAAUAUACUGCCCCAAGAAGCCUAGGAUUUUUUCAAUCGGCAUCAGCCAUAUACAUUUUAAAUAUCCCAUUCAGCUCUUUUGGGGAAUUCCUGCAAGUGUUUAACAGCAACAGUAAUAGUAAUAAUAUAAGCAACUCAAAUGAAUUGAGCAACAGCGAUUUUAAAUUUGUUUUUACCAUGAAUGGUUUUAACUAACAGGAGGUUCAAAAUCUGUAACGCUGUGUUCCAGAAGAAUAUUUUAGGUCAAAGGAGACAAAAAUGUAGGAACAUUGGCUAUAAUCUGUAUGCUUGCUCCACAAGUGAGUUAAACUGAAAUUUCCACUACUGCGAGAUUGGUGUCAUUGCAUGUCCUAAUUGUUUAAAGCCUAUUUUCUAAUUUAAAUGGCUUAAUAUUUAUAAAUGUCUUUAAGAAGGGAAUGAAUCAACAGAUCAUUUGAAUAAAAACUGAAGAUGAAAAAGGAAAGGUCUGUUUAAAGCAUUGCUUGUGUAAGAAGGACAAGAUUGUUCUCCCUUAGAAGUGGUAAUUUUUAAUGAUACCUAACCACAACUGGAUUGUGAUUAAUAUAUAUUUUGCUCUCUCGUUUGCUGUUUUCAACCCAAGAAUCUACAGCGAAUGGCCACCUUAAAUCUAUCAAAAGAAAAGAAAAAAAAAAAAAAAGCAAAAAGCAAACCAAAAACCACAUAUUCUUGUAGGAUCUCCUGGGGGGGGGGGAGAGUAAAAUCCUAUAGGAUAACUCAUUUGAUCAAUCAAAACAGUUCUGUUCUAUGCACAGUAACAUGAGAAACAAAUCUUUCCUUUGUUGUACAGCUGGCUACUUGGUAAUAAUAGCCAGAUGACCUCUCCCUUUCCAGCCCCCAAACUAGCAAUAGAUUUGUUUUUGCCAUCAAGUUUCAGUUCUUGUUGUGUGAAUGUCCUAUCGAUCUAGUUAAUCUAGUUUCUGAACUAGAAGUGUUAUUGCAUCCUAGAUAAUGUCCCCCUUCCUUUUCCACUCAGGCCAUGCAUUUGUGAUUUGCUCAGUGGUACAGCCAUUUCAGUGAACAGAGCAGCAGGAUGUCUAAUGUUGUAUUGAGCGUCCAUAUGAAUGCCACUUUGUUUGAUGUACAUCUUACAUUUGUGAGCAUGGAAAAGGCCCAUCUGCCCUUUCCUCCUCUCCCCUCCCCCUUCUGUGCUCUAGAGAUUUGUCUGUAAACUACUGUACCUACAACUUGCGUCCUCUGUUUGGCUGCCUUUGUCCUCUUACAACCCACAGUGAAUUAGAUCUAUUGCGUUGUAGGCAACAUAGUAAGUAGUACCACUUCACAUGCUGAUGGGCAUCGAGGAUGGGUAGACUUGUCAAAGUGACAGAAAUGGCUGUGGCUGGAAAAACAAUGUUGUCCUAAAGCUGCUAAGUUUUGUAUGGAGGAUGUGGACAUUUGGGUUCUUCUUUAACAUGGUAAGAAACACUGGACCAGUUAUGGGAAUUUUUCCUCAAGUUACACUACUGUUUUCACAAGACUUGCUGUGACAGUGAGAGCCCAAUUUUUGACUGCACCCCUAGUUAUCAUGUGGCUUGAAGGUGGCCACCUCUCCUAUUUUUUUCUGUUUGUUUUGACUCCAUGUUCAGAUAUUUCCAGUCUGCAUUCACCUUGAAACUAAGGCCUUUUGAUUCGUGCAGUAUUCAUGUGCCAAACUUGCGUGAUACCGUUUGCCUUUUAUAUGACACUUGUUACAAGUCACAAAUCAGGAAAGGUGAGUUUAUAACAAAAUCGGGGAAGUAAAACAAAUAAGAACAGAAUUGGGGACCUUGAAAUGAGAGCUCAAUAGCAAGAGCAGGGGCUUGUGGAAGAGUGGGCAAGCACACGGGCUCAGAGCUGUUACACAGCACCUGGCAAUCCAUAUGCCAUGGAUCGGCUUUUUAUUCACGGUCUCUGUGCAUCUAGGCUCAAGCUACAGUACAAAUCUUGUAGACCAUUCACAAGCCUAUUAAACUGACUGCUUUUAGCACUGUUAUAGUUCUGGUGUGCUCAACGCUGUUGUCCACAGUGCUUUCUAGUUUCCUAUUCUGGCAUUUGCUCUUCAAUUACAAACAGGCCCAGGGAGGAGAACAGUUGUUCAAACUUAUCAACAUAUUUGUCUAAGACAAUGGUUUUCACCUAGGGAUCUGCAGACUAUGUUUAAGGGGUCUUUAAAGAUGAGUAUGAUCAGUCAAAAGUAUGUGAAUACCCACACUUACAAUUCAAAGGGGUCUGCACCUCCAUUCGAAAUGUUUUAGGGGUCCACAAAUGGAAAAAAGGUUGAAAACCACUGAUUUAAGAAAUAGGUUAGGUGACAGGAGCACUUGGCAAUGCUUUUAAUGUUUUUUUUUUCCUUUACCUUUUUUUAUUUUUUUUUAUUAAUUUAUUUUUGUACUUGCCUGGAACAAGGUAUUUGGUACUAAGGUCCCAACUCUGGGUUGCUAGAUUUUCCAGUUCUGUCGCAACAAAACUGUGACUUACUGUCCUAUCACUAGCGCUCGUAGUUGCUUAUUAGCAAAAGAAAAAAUGAAAAAGUCUGUUCUUUAUUUGUAUUGGUUUUUAAGGUAUUAGUCAAAAGCUUUUGGUGUGUGUAGUUAAUGCAGGGAUGCUUUUUAAGCUACUCUAUGGUACCGUAGAACAGGAGGACGUGUUUGCCCAGCACAAUACAGUAUCAUGCAAAGAUAUCUGAGCUAGUUCAGGUACCAGAAACAGUCUAGCCAUGUUAGCAUUGCAUUCUGCUGAAAUUCCACUUCAGAAGCAGGGUAUUCUAGCCAGGGCAAAGCACUGCACUAAUGUGGCUGCAUUUCUUCUGGUACCCAGGCCAGCUCAUUCAGUUAGCUUGGGUAUCUCAGUGGGGUGCUGGACUGUGCCUUAGAGACAUUCUCUUUGUUCCCCAAUGUGCUCUGUUCAGUUCUUUGCCUGGAUGGGUGCUCUGGCAAUCUUUUAACAAUUGUCUGUCAAACCAGAAAUUCUCAAUUGUGUUCUUUCCCUGGCUGGUGCAAAGGAAUUGUUUUCUUUGGGCAGCUGCUGUUUUCCAGUCAGCACGGCAAACAAAGCAGGCAAAGUUAUACCACCCAUUCAGGCCAUUUCCUUCCAGAAAUCAUUGGUACUGCUAACCCUACCAGAGGAGGAGGAGGAGGAUUAUGAUUAUUAUUAUUUAUUUGAAAGCCUUUUUCCUUUUAAAAAUGUAAACAGAAUGUGAAAGCGAUAUCAGACUUAGUCCACUUUUUUCUUCUUUCAGGCUUAUAGUAAUUUUUCUGUUGCCAAACACAUACCAUAACUGUAUAAGACAGGGUAAAAAAAUGUGCAAGUCUUCUUGCCAUUUUUAAGUGUAUUUUAUGGCAGCUCAAAAGGGUGAUUUUUGGUGGGCAUUUUUUUUUUUUUUUUUUUUUUGGUUAAGCAGAAUUUUUUUUUAAUGGAAGUAUUUUACUUAAAUGUUGCCACUUCCUGGAGCCAAACACUAAAGGUCACCAGAUUGGAAGCAGAAGUGCCAUUAAAUGAACUCUGUGAAUGUCGAGUCAAGUUGCGCCUGUAGCUGACACAUACAGACAACACUAAGUGUGGGGUGAUUUCCACCCUCACUUCAACUUUUUUUAAAAAGACAAACCUCAUUUUAAAUGUAUUGUGUGAAAUGUUUUGGGAAAGGAGUACAGUGUGUUUAUGUCUAGUGGGUGAGACUUCCCUCCCCCCUCAGUUUCUGAUGAAGUUUUAAUAAAGAAUCGUGUUACUGUAUGUUUUGAUCAUGAAUAGUCUGGUGGUGCUUAUUCAUAGCACAAGCUUAAAUCAAGUACUGAAAACAGUCUUACAAGCUAAAUGUCUGCAUGAUGUUACAUCUGUUGUACCUACUGAAAAAAAUUUGUAUGUAAAUGUACAGAAAUAAAAAAGAUGUUGCCUCAGUAUAA